CUUCUUUAAUCCAAUCCCACCCUUUGGUUUCAUUAAAAAUAACAUCUCGACUCACGAUUAUUUUUUGUGUUACCGGGUUGAAUAACCGGUAGGCUUUCGUACCCGGUUCGGAACCAACAUGUACUAGUGGUCUUGAUCUUGCAUCCAACUUCUUUUGAUUAACCGGUUCAACUUUUGCAUGUGCCAGACACCCAAAUAUACGAACAUUUUCUAAAUUCGGUUUUCUUUUGUACAAUUUUUCAUAUGGAGUUGUAUCACCAAGGACUCUUGUGUAAACUCGAUUGAUUAGAUUUGUUGAGUGAUUUACCGCUUCUCCCCAUAAGUAGUUUGGAACAUGCAUUGCCUUCAUUAUACUUCGUGUCAUGUCCAUAAGAGUUCGGUUUCUUCGUUCCACAAUUCCGUUUUGUUGUGGAGAGUAUGGGGCGGUGAGAUGGCGUUUAACUCCGUUUUGCUCACAAAAAGAAUUAAACUCGAGAGAGGUAAACUCACCUCCUCGAUCACUUCUAAACACUUUCAAAGGCUUUCCAAUUUCAUUUUCCACCAAAGCUUUGAAUUUUUUGAAGUGUGUAAACGCCUCACUUUUUUCUUUUAUGAGAUAAAUCCACAUAAAUCGUGAAAAAUCAUCAAUUAGUGUAAAAAUGUACCUAUUUUGACCCUUGGUUGCCGGCGUGAUCGGACCGCAUAAAUCUCCGUGAACAAGCUCCAGUGGUUGUUUCGCUUUGUAUGUCGUCAUGGUUGGGAAGGACUUUCUCGUUUGCUUGCCGACUAAGCAUGAUUCACAUAAUUGAUUCUCAUGAUCUAAUUUUGGUAACCCUUUGACUAAACCUUUUUUGGACAUCUUUUUCAUUGACUCGAAAUUGAUGUGCCCAAGUCUUGCAUGCCAUCGCCACGCAUCUUCACUUAGUCUUGAAUGUAGGCAAAUAGGAACUCCAAUCUGUAAUUUUAUUUUAUAAAGGCGGUUUGAAGUUCUUUGUACUUUCAUUAAUAAGCAAUUAUCGGCAUCGUGCAUGGUUAAAAAGUUGUCUUUCAUUCGAAUAUCACACCCGGCUUCAGUUGCUUGUCCGAGACUUAUAAUGUUGUUCUUGAGAUCCGGAAUGUAGUAGAUUUCCGUCAUCAGCCUUUGUUGACCUUUCUUGCCUUGGAAAAGUAUAGCACCUUUUCCCUUGAUUUUUACACACGAAUUAUCUCCAAAUUUAACCUUCCCGGUUAUGUUUUCGUCAAGCUCGGAAAAAAAUGACCGGUUCCCCGUCAUGUGAUUGCUCGCCCCAUUAUCCAAAUACCACACAUUGUUUUCUUGUGAGUCGUAUUGAGACGGUAUCACCUUCUCUUCAUUCAAAAAUACGGUCUCAUGUAAAAAUACGGCAUCGUCGGUAUCGUCAUAUUCAAUAAAAUUAUUUUCUUGUAAUUUUUUGAUUCGGUCCGGACAUUGAGACGCAAAGUGACCCGGCUUAUCGCACCGGUAACAAAUAAUUUUGGAUCGGUCCUUUUUUGGUUUACUGUUUGGAUCAGAAUUGAAAUUGGGCCUUUUAUUGGAUUGGUCAUUAUUGGACCGAUUAUUAUUUGAUUUUCUUUGGGCCUGUCUUGAUCUACUUGAGCCUGUUCCAUUUGCUCCAUUUGACCCACAAAUUACGGAUCCAGUUGCGUUAUUGAACGCACGUGUUCUGUUCCCACUCCCAGAUCCGUGAGCUUCCAUCGUUUUCUCCUUUGCUUUCUUAUUCCAAUUCGAUGAUCCACCGUGCUCGACGAACAGAGCUUGUUCUUUCUCGCCACCGUAGGAAUCUUCUUCUCUGAUCCUUUCUUCAUACGCCUUCAUCCUUCCGACUACAUCAUCGAAUUUUGUACUAUUUAAGUCUAGAAUCUGUUCGAGUGAUGCUACCAUAUGAAUGAAUUUUCGUGGCAGUGAUUUAAGGAAUUUCUUUACAAGCUUGGAUUCGUCGAUUACAGAUCCUAAUGCCGCCGAUUUUGAAGCAAUUCCAGACAUCUUUCCGGAGAAGCUGUCGAUCGUCUCUGAUUCGUUCAUCCUGAGGCGAUCGAACUCGGCACUUAGGGUUUGAAGACGGGCCUCCUUCACUCGAUCAGCCCCAAUGUAUCGAGUCUUGAUUGCAUCCCAAAGCACCUUUGACGAUUCGACAUCACCAAUUUGCAUUAUCAAGCUUUCUGGAAUUGCCUGAUAAAGCAACCCCAUAGCAAGGUAAUCUUUCUCCUCGUUCUUUUCUGUUCCAGGGUCAAUCACACUCCAAGCCUUAUGAAUUCUUAAGACUACCUUCAUUCUUAGUGACCAGACCGUGUAAUUUGUGGGAUUCAACAUGGGACACUGAACAGAAGUUGAUCCGGUUUCUUUCAAAGUUACUGGUCCUCCGUCGCCCCCUGUAUCAGCCAUGUUAACCUUACUUGUCAACAGGUAAGAAUUGAUCUCAAGGCUCUGAUACCAAUUCAAGAUUGGAAGACACAGAUAAUCAAAAUAACUCUUUGAUUAAUAGGAAAAUAGCUCAAAACCUAUAUUGUGUUUUUGUGUGUAUGUACGUACAAACCAUAACUCGGUAUCUAUACAUAUAUAUACUACCAACUUGUAGAAUUAGUUUACAAUUAGGAAACUAAAAACCUACUUGUUUAUGAUUUCCUAAAAACUAGGUUGCUAUUACUUGGUCUCCAAGUCCUACUCGACUUAGGAUUCCAACACAUGUUGCUGCUAUUGUUGGCAACACUGAAGCUGCGAAGAUCCUGGUGGCAAGGGACCCACAUUUGUUGUUUGCCAAAGACAACGAGGGUCACACACCACUAGCCAUAGCUCUUUCUAAUAUGCAUACCCAGACGUCUCAAUUUCUGCUGCAUCACGAUAUUGGCAUAAAGAAGGAUACUUUGUUUUCCGGCAAAAGUGGUGAUCACCUUCUCGUUAUUGUUAUUUCUUCUAAAGAUUUUCGCUUUGCAUCUGUUUUGCUGCGGCGUUACACAACAUUGCAUAGUGACUCUGUGUUAAUGGCCAUAGCACAGAAUUUCCCAUGCAAACCCAAUAUAUGGACUUAUAAUAUACCUACCAGCGUAGUUCUUAGUACAGCCGCAGAUUAUAUUAUUCCACUAUGUGGCCAUCGGCUGGAAAUAAUAAUGAGGCCAUUUAUUCUUGUGAGUUAUUGGAUUGUUAUGCUUUUCCCAGUAAUCCUUUUGAUGUUAGUGUCGCUAUUCGUGAAAGAGAGAUUGCAAACUCAUUAUGACGCUAUCAUGCUGUUAAAAAGUGUAUGUUUUUUAUUGAAGAAACACACAGACCCGAGCCCUUAUUACACAAAUCCGAUUCUUGAAGCUACAAGACAGAAUGCAUACAAAGUUGUAGAGGAGGUUGUGUCCCACUUCCCAAAUGCAAUUUGGAGUACCAAUGAAGAUGGUUAUAAUAUUAUUCAGUAUGCUGUGAUAAGUCGCUCAGAAGAAGUUUACAACCUAGUGUAUCAAAUGAGCGAGCAUAAGAAUGUCUACAGAACAAUCAAAGAUUCUUCUGGGAACAACCUCCUGCAUUUGGCUGCAAGAUUGGCCCCGUCCAACAAACUGAAUCUUAUAUCAGGGGCAGCUUUACAGAUACAACGUGAAUUACAGUGGUUUAAGGAAGUUGAAGGAUUUGGGUGUCCUUUGAACAUUAUACAAAAGAACUCUUUUGGGGAAACACCUCAUAUGGUGUUUACAAGAGAACACAAAGACUUGGUGGUUGAGGGUGAAAAAUGGAUGAAGGCCACUGCAGAGUCAUACACAAUUACAGCUGCAUUGAUCACCACGAUUGUGUUUGCAGCAGCAAUUACUGUUCCAGGAGGAAACAAUCAGGACACAGGCAUACCACUUUUUACUAACAUCAUUGCUUUCAGAAUAUUUGCAAUAUCAGAUGCUGUCUCAUUAUUCAUGGCUGUUACUUCCUUGUUAAUGUUUUUGUCUGUUCUGACUGCACGUUUUGCUGAACAAGAUUUUUUGUUCAAGCUUCCUACAAAGCUGAUAAUUGGUUUGGCCACCUUGUUCAUCUCAACGACAACCAUGAUAUUAGCUUUUGGUGCAACUUUGUAUCUGGUGUUUGGACAAAGCAACUCAAAGAUCAUCAUUCCAAUUGCCUUGCUCACAUGCUUACCAAUUACUUCUUUUGUAACUCUGCAGUUCCCUCUUGUUAUUGACAUGAUCAGUGCCACAUAUGGUCGUAGUAUUUUUGGUAAGAAAAGAGAUAAGCCCUUCUAUUAGAUUUUUUCACGAUAAUAGAAUGAUGGACUAAAUAAAGUUGAAAAGUGGUAGAAAAUACUCAGGUCAUUUUGGAUUUGAUAUGUGUUGGUCCUUACUAUGUCAAUUUGGAAUUAAAGAUCAAAUCAUUGUAAAAGUUAUAUUUAGCAGCUCAAAAGUAUUAUAUAUAUAAAAAAAUAAAGCCAAUGGAAAAGAGGCAUGAGUACAUGAAAAAGGAGAACAACAAGA